AUGAGUGAGACCAACUUGGGUGCUUUGCCGAGUUUGGGUUCAGAAAAAGACGGUCCGAAGUCAGACAUAUUUAACGAUUUCUUCAGCUUGGCGAGCACUGUGGACCCCAGACCUAAAAAGAAGAAAAAGAAGUCUAAGAAGAAAGAGAAGGAGAGUAAGUCCGAUGUUGGACCAAGUCUGGAUAUUUCGUUUAGUGAUCUGAGAAGUUCCCCGAAGGUUUUUACGGAACCCAUAACGCGAGGGAGAAAGCGUGAAAAUGAGUCAGAUGAUGAAUACAGAGAGCUGACUCCCCCACCCAAACUGAAACGGGUGCCCGAUCGGAGAAAAGAGCGUGGUUCCAUAUCGGUCACUGAUGAGCAAGAGGAUGCGUUUCUGCAAAGUCUACAGAAAUCAACUCAAAGUUUCAACGUUGUUGAUGUGGAUGAAGUCGAGGCAUAUAUCCCUCAAUCUUACGAGUUCCAGACGAUGAACGAAGAUGAUCUUGCUGAGCUUAAAAACUCAAAAUUUCUAAUAACGGUGCAGUCUUAUUUCAAUAAUUCAGGUGAUGAACUCACAAUGAGGACAAAGGCAGACCACAAGUUCAGCAAAAUCAAACGCAAGCUUGUAUCGCAUUUCCAGUAUCCUCUACACAGGGCUGAUGAUUUCGUGUUUUACGAGCCCAAUCUGGGGUUGACAUUUGCAGAUGAGCUACCUGUUUACAGUGUUACAAAAUCGAUGAAGAGACUGAGAACCAGUGUGGACGGAGACUAUGUGUUAUUGCUUCAACUGCAGGACAGAAAAGAGGCACAGCGUUUGAGCGAGAAAAGAAUGCAGGAGAGACUUGUGCGGAGAGCAGAGAGAGAUCAAGAUAAUGAAAAUGAUAGUGACUUGGAGGUCAUAGAUGAGGGUAAUUCAACCUUCAUUGAUGAGGUUGAAGGUGUUCAUAUUGUCUCGUCUGCGGAGACCCAAGACGAUGCUGUCGAAAGGUAUUUCAGCAUAGAGGUUAGAGGAAGUUCUACAGACAGUGUGAAGAUUGAGGUGAGUAACUCAACUGAAAUAUCAAAAAUCGCAGAAUAUUACAAAGAGAAGAAAGGUUUGAAUCCACGUACCAAACUCUCGCUCAUAAUGGAGGAUGAACUGGAUUUGAAUAGCACUGUUGGCGAUGCAGAGCUUGAGGAUGAUGACAUAUUGGAUGUAAAGAUAUUAUAG